AACCAUUAAUGGAUACCGACCCCAAAAGCAUUGUAAUAAUAGGGGUUGGCAUUUCAAUUGAGGCCAACUUAUACACGAAAACUUCCACAAAAAUGCUAACCUGGACCCAUUAUACCUCAUAAACCAAGUUUUUAUUGCUAAAUUACUCUCAUAGUAAGUCGAGGGCAUUUUGUCCAAAAAAAACCAAAGAAAAAGAGAGUUGAGGGCAUUUAUAAAGAGGUAAGAGUGAGGGCAGAGAGCAUUGUUGUGUUGUCGUUCCGCCUCAGGGGCAGCCCUGCCUGCCGCACCCACCAUCGUUUCUGAAAGUUUGUUUUUCGUCUGUGUUUUCUCUCAAAGUUAGAGGCGAAACAAGAAGAUAAGAUUCUGGUUGUCAGUUUGUGGAGGAGAUUUUUCUGGUAAGGCAAGAAUUGCACAAGUUUUCUGUUCAAGGGAAAAUGGGCGGCGGAAAUGGACAGAAGGCCAAGAUGGCACGCGAGAAAAAUAAUGAGAAAAAUAAAGCUCCCAAAGGGAGUCAGCUUGAGACAAACAAGAAGGCAAUGACUAUUCAGUGCAAGGUUUGCAUGCAGACAUUCAUCUGUACGACAUCAGAAGUGAAAUGCAGGGAGCAUGCUGAAGCAAGGCAUCCCAAGUCUGAUGUUUCUCAGUGCUUCCCUAAUCUGAAGAAGUAACACUUCUUUAUUUGCUAAUGCCUGGUUUCUAUAACAUGGUGAAAUGGUUUGAAAUUUUUUAUUAUAUACAGCCUGUGGAUAAAGAAUAAGCUGCCAUGAUAUAUGGAACUUGUAGUUAUAGGUUGCAGUAGAUAUCUUGUCAGUGGGUGUGAAAGUGCAGCUCAAAGUAGGCCGUGUUUUCUCUGAAAACAAUGGUUUGGUGUUUAGCGUGACUGUUAUGCACUAUCCUAUCAGUGAUUCUAAGCGUGUUUUACGAAACUUAAAAUGUUUUUAGUCAUAUACUGUCAACUUCGUAUUUUCACAAAAUUUUCAAAAUGGCAGUGAUAUUGCUUCCUAAAACACUAUAGUUUUGUAUCCUAAUAUAUAUUCAUCCUUUUCUUGUUA